AUGGAGAGGAUGACCACGGUGCUGGUGCUUCUGAUCAUGAGGGAAGGAACUGGGACUUCUUACAGGGAAGUGACUUUUGAAAACCCAGAUCCUUGUGCAUUGAAGGGAUCGUCGGUGGAGUUCAAAUGCUCAUACAGAUACAAUGAGGGGGAAACUGUCCUACAGACUCGAUGGUACAAAGGAGACAUUGUGGGGAACGUCUGGAGACGUUUCAAGCUGUCAGAUCUUCCUUCGUAUGAAAAUCGCACUGAAUAUCUUGGUGACCGGAAGCACAACUGCAGCAUUGCAAUCCAUGAUGUGCAGGAAAGUGACACCGGACAUUACUACUUCAGGUUUGAUACGGAGAAUAUUGGAUACCGUAGCAAGAAAUCAGUGCAACUGUCUGUCAGAGAGCUGAGUGCCAGCAUGUACCCAGACACAGUGAGAGCGGGAGAAGACAUCAAGCUUGAAUGUAGAACAUCCUGCCAGCAGCAACCUUCCAGCAUAAUCUGGUUCAAAGAUGGACGCCCCGUAGCCAAACCAGUGUUUCAGGCUCAGGCAGAGGAUUCAGGAAAUUAUUCCUGUGCCAUUGAAGGAGAAGAAUCAGAUAAAUCGGACCCUGUGACUCUAAUUGUCCAGUAUGCUCCAUUGAAUGUGACAAUUGAGAUGAGCCAUCCUGGUCUCAUUGUAGCGGGCAGCAAUGUGAGUCUGACCUGCAGCAACACAGCUAACCCUGCAGCAGAUAACUACACCUGGUACAAAAAUUCUUCCAGCUCCAUGCUCCAGGUGGGCUCAGGACAGGUGCUGUCUCUUCCCUCUGUGAACGUUUCCCACUCUGGACUCUACCUUUGCCAGGUCAGGAACAGUGUGGGGGAAGGCAACUCAAUAGGUGUGCUGCUGACGGUGUAUGAAACAGACACAACAGACAUUAACCAUUUAAUCCUCCGUGUUGGUUUUGGAGUCAAAGUUUUCAUUGUGCUGUUGCUUACAAUGAUUAUUACCUGGGCUUGGUAA